UCGGUUGGUUUUGAUGGUUUGAAAGUUAAUCUCAUAAUGACGGAUUACUCAAUGCCAGGGAUGACAGGAUAUGAACUGCUCAAGAAGAUCAAGGAAUCAUCGGUUCUGAAAGAGAUACCAGUGGUGAUCAUGUCAUCCGAGAACAUCUUGACUCGUAUUGAUAGGUGUUUGGAGGAAGGGGCGGAGGAGUAUCUGGUGAAGCCAGUAAAAUUGUCAGAUGUGAAACGUUUGAAAGAUUUCAUAAUGAGAGGGGAAGGAAAAGAUAGUGGAGAAACAAGAAUACGCAAGAGAAGGCGACGCGAUGAUCACUCUUCCUUACCACAGUCAGUGACAUUAUCAUCAUCACCAGCACUUGCUUGUGAUCCAUCAUCUACCCUAAUGCCAUCAUCAGCACCAUCUGCAUGUUCCUCAAAGAGGGCCAAACUAUGCAUCUAAAGAUUAAUUUGCCAUCCGUUGCAUUUGAGUGGCAAUUUUUGUUAGCACCCACGGGCUUGGUGUUUUUGUUUGGUUUGGACAUGAUUUUUUUUAUCCUAUUUUUCCACAUUUUACACUGGUCCACACAAUUUCUGUCUAAUGUAACUAGGACCAGAAAUAGAUAAACAAGGAGAUAGAAGAAUCAGAAAUGGUAGGAAAUAUUUUUUGUUCUCUCUUCCUUUGUGUAAAGAUGAAGUUCUUUAUAAUCAAUGAAUUCCCAAAUAUUUUGAGGGGUCGUUUUGU